AUGUAUUCUCUUUAUUCAACUUCACAUGAAAAUCCUGUAAGUGACAAGAUUUACCGUAGAGAAUUCCCUUGCGACCUGUUUAAAAUGAAAUUAAACAUUGCUACGGACGAGACGAAAAAAUUUGCUCUUGAAACAGAACGGGACGCACACUUACUAGCAGCUGAUAUGGCUUACAAUGAGAAGUUUGACAAAAAUACCUCAAUUACAGAUAAAAAAAUCAAGUGUCUGUCUUUUGACCUACAACAAUGCUUGCCAACCCCAGCUUUGCAAUCAUCUGUAGCCUUUUACAAAAGACAACUUUGGACCUUUAAUCUUACGAUACAUGACAACGGAACUGGAAUGUCAACGCACCACGUGUGGCAUGAGGGAAUUUCGGGUCGAGGAGCUAAUCAAAUAGCCUCUUGUUUGUUUUUAUAUUUAAAAGAACUUCCUGAAGAAGUUUCAGAAGUAAUUUUGUACUCUGAUACUUGCGGAGGACAAAAUAAGAACACCCAUGUGGCUGCAAUGUUUACCUACUUGUUGUCAGUAAAACCCUCUAUUAAGUUAAUAAAUUUAUGGUACCUGGUCAUACACAUAUGGAGGUGGACUUGGACCAUGCAAUUAUAG